CAAAAACACACACACCAACACGCACAAUGUCCGGCGAAAGGAACAGGCGCUCGCUCGCUUUCCGAACCGGGGCCGCAGCCAUCGCAGUGAAAAUUGAAGCUGAUCUCGCCACCCACAACAACACAGAGGCCUCGAAUGGGGCCCUCGUCCGAAGCAGUCCAGAUAAGCCGGCUGCUCUUCUUGCGGUGGACGCCGGAGACGGGGUCGGAGCCAAGACGGAGGCCGCUCAGGAUCAAGAAGAGGACUGGGUGGAGACGGUGGUGGUGGACGAUGUGUUCCCGGAGCAAGGGGGCUCGGUGCGAGUGGUGGACGGCGGCUCCAUCAGCAGCAACGAAUCCGAGGAGGAGGCAGCGGCGGCGUCGGUAGAGGAGGAGGCGACGACGAACGGACCCAGGAACGAAGAGCGAGCCGUGGCCCCCGGGGAUGGAGCCAUGGUCAGAGUUGGGCGAGAUGAUGAGGAGGAAGUUGAAGAAACGAGUAGUUGUAGCCGGCGGGGAGCCGGUUUAACGCUGCUGGGGAGGCCCCAGUCCUUCUUACUACCGCAGCAACGCACUUUCCAGAGGUCGUGGCUGCAAGAGUUUCCGUGGCUUCAGUACGAGCAGAAGACAGGCCUCAUGUAUUGCUCCUGGUGCCUUCGGGCUAACAGCGGCCCGGGGAGCAAUAAUAAUCGCAACAAGUUCGUGAAAGGCAGCCGCAAUUACAGGAGGACCACGUUAUUGCGGCAUCAUCUCUACGCCGAACACCGGGAGAACGACCCAGUGGAUGUAGCUGCCUGUAUGGAGGAACCUAUGCUUGCAUCUGGAUCAACAGACGAGUUGUACGGUGAAUAUAAAAGUGAACGAAAUGAAAUUUCCUAUUGCUAUCAACUACUUCAAGAAUUGAAUGAACAGCGGCAGCAAGGAAUUUUGUGUGAUGUCAACAUUGUGGUGAAGGGUCAGGUUUUCAAAGCCCAUAAGAACAUACUAGUUGCAAGCAGCCGUUAUUUUAAGACGCUGUAUUGCUAUACUCCAAAUGAGAGCUGUGACCAAGUUACAGUAACUCAUCUUGAUGUUGUUGCUGUACAAGGUUUCACAGUCAUUCUAGAUUUCAUGUACUCUGGGCAUUUGGUUUUAACCAGCCAAAAUGUCAUUGAAGUUAUGUCUGUAGCAAGCUAUCUGCAAAUGACUGACAUUGUCCAAGCUUGCCGUAGUUUUAUAAAGGAAGCCCUCAACAUCAGUACAAAAUCUAAUGCUGCAGAAAAAAUCAUAGUGCAGUAUGAGAAGGUAAAAACGUCCAACCCAUCCCUUAGAGACAAUACAGUAGCCAUGUUGAAACAUGAGCACAGCAGCCCUUGGGUGGUCAAAUCUACAAGUACGAUGAAUAGUUGUGCAACAGGUGGUUUGCAUGAAGAAAGAAUAAAGUAUGAAAUGGAGGGCUAUGGCUUAGAUAUGGGUUCAGUAAUGCACCAGGAUGAGAGCUACCAUCUUAAUGAUGCAACCUGGAGUCAAGAAAACUUUACAGAUUAUGGUGGAAAAGAUCUGCAGAUGGGGCUAUCUCAAGAUCAAAGUGCUGCUUUUUCUUGGGGAACUUUGGGAAAAUUAAUGUUGCAGCAAGCAGUGCCACGGAGUGGACGAAGGAAAAACCACAUAACUAGAAGAAUCGUAUACAAUGUUGCACCAAAAGUUGAAGAAGGAGCUGGAGAAAACUUAAUGAUGCAACCUCCCAUGGCAUUCUCCGAGGAUGGAUUGCAGGAAAUUCCUGUAGACCCUUUCUCAGCUGGAACAUCUGAUCAAUUCAGAUUUGGACUGUUACAAGAAGCUCAAAACGGAGAAUCGUGGCUCAAUGGUGAUGCUUCAAUUGGUAGCCAAAAUAAAUUCAAAUGCCCGCAUUGUAAUUACAUUGCUAAAUAUCGACGCACAUUGAAGAGGCAUCAGCUAAUACAUACUGGGGUGCGAUCCUUUGCUUGCGACAUCUGUGGAAAGUUGUUCACACGAAGAGAACAUGUUAAGAGACAUUCCUUGGUACACAAGAAAGAUAAAAAGUACAAAUGUAUGGUUUGUAAAAAGUUCUUCACUUUAGCAGCCAGUGUUGGUAUUAGGCACGGAUCUCGAAGAUAUGGUGUAUGUUUGGAUUGUUCUGGAGGUGAUAGACCGCCAAAAGGUGACCAUGAUGGUAUGGACCUGAUGGUUGAUCCAGAAUUUUUUAAGGAGCAGCAAGAAGAACAGGAUGAGCCAGGUGGAUUGGAACAGGAAGAAAACGAGAGAAUGGUUGGUGAAGAUGUACCAGAUGAAGAAGGAGCAGGGAAUAUCGAUAAAGAGCAAUGGGAAGAUGCUGAGGCUAGUGAGACGUAUGUCAUAUUAGACAAUGACUAGCUAGUACUUAAGCCUUUGUGUUAUAAAACGAAAACGUUUAAUUAUGGUUAUUCACUGUAUUGACAAACCCCAAGAAUUUUAUUUGAAUUUCAAUAAUUAUGGAUUGGCAACAAAACACUAAAUUUUUGGUAUUUUGCUGAUUAUUGUAACUAUUGGAUAAUUGAUAUUUUAAUGAUUGUAGUUAGUGGUUCAUCCACAGUAAUGAUGGAAGAGUCUUGGGGUCAGUGAAGGGCAAUUCCUUAUAAUAACUGAUACUGAUAUUACCACAUUCUUUCCCCAUGAUCUAUCUGAAAAAAUAUGAGGUAAAAAUGUAAUAGCAUCUCUCACUGACUGGGAUACAAAAGAAAAUAAGAACACACUGAAUUCUUGUUAACAGGAGAAGGUCACCCGACACAAACAAACCUAUCAUUUCUGGAAUUGUGAACCCCUGGGUUUACCUAUCUUUUAUGUAUUGCUCUGUUCAAAGCAAAAUAUCCAUUUGUCUCUUGACAUCAUUUGUUUACUCGCAUUUCCUGAUGAUUAUUCCACAACUUCCAUUUUUUGGAUGAAUUAUUACUGUAACCUAUUCUGUUAAUUCAACUUAUUCUUAAAUUGUCCCCUAUUUGAUUCCAUCACCUUGAUGUUUGCCUGAGUAAGUUGAUUGGUCAUGAGAAUGUGAUCUUGGGUCAUGUUAAACUCUCCUUUUUAUCCAAAGAACAUUAUAGUCUUAUAAUUUAAUUCCUUGUACUCAGGAUCUUUGUUCAUCUUUCAACUUUCAUGAAAGCAGUAUUUUAAUCCCGGAUAGGCAAACAAAACUGAAUAAUAUUGCGUUUGGAGUCUGGCCAUUCCCAGCUGCAACUAUAAUCGCGGAAUGAAUAGGGUUUGACAUUUCAAAAAAGAUUGGGUUUUAACUUUGAUUUCUGGAGUGUCUUUUUAUUCUAUGCAUUUUCAAGGCUCAACCUUGCAGGCAAGAAAGCCCAUUUAAUUAUAUUACGUAGGUGCUAGUAACUUAAUUUUUGAAGUGUUUGUCUGCCAUAAGUAAAGCCAGCAUGCAAUCACUGGAGAAGUAAUCUGCAAAAUAAAUGGCAUCUGAGGUAAAUGAUUGCAGAUUGUGACAUUUAAACAAAAUAAAUUCACUGUACAGCAUCAUUAACAAA